AUGUGCCCCGACCCCAACUGUCCAGUCUGCCGACAAGUCACCAUGGUGGCCGACACUACGAACGUCGCUUGUUGCGUCUCGGGAUGUGAUUUCACCGAUGGAAGCAUCGUCGCCCUCUUCCCUUGCAAACACAUGUGCUGUUCCGGGUGUGUCAAUGACCUCUUCCGAUACUUCGAAAGGAAGCCGAACUCCGAUUGGGUUUGCCCCGUUUGCCGUGCCAACGUUGAGCCAAUGGAAGCCGUCGUCGCACAGAAUUUCAAGGUGCCAACCGGAGACGCGAAUGACCCCGUUGUAGUCUAG